CGUCAUGUGCUCCUUCAACCUCGUCAACGGGAUCCCCGCCUGCGCCGACUCGCGCCUCCUCUCCCGGACCAUCUGCGGCGACUGGCAGCUCCACGGCUACAUCGUCUCCGACUGCGAUGCCAUCCAGGUCAUCACCGAUGGCAUCAAGUGGCAACUACAACUGCACCGGCGCAGAGGCCAGAGCUGGAAGGUGAGGAACGGCAAGGUGAUCGACACUUGCAAACUAUUGUCUGGAGCGGCGCUCUUGUGUACCCUGGUGGUGAAGGUGGCAACGCCAUUACCGGAAGAUACAAUCCUGGAGGAAGGCUGCCAUUGACAUGGUACAAGAACAAGUACCUCUACCAGAUCCCCAUGACGUUCAUGUAUCUCGGCCCCAUGCCGAAACACGGAUACCCCGGCAGAAGGUACAAGUUCUACGACGGCCUGGAGGUUCUCUACACCAAGUUCCUCUACUAGACCUACUGCAAUGGCACCACUGUCACCAUGCCCGUCGCAGGCCGCCACUGAAAGGGGCUCAGCUACAACCCCAGCACGUCCCCCGACGCCCCGGCCUGCCCGGCCAUCAACGUCGACGGCCACGUCUGCACCGAGACCAUGAUGGAUACACAAAGGAAAGGAAGACUCAGCUGAUCUGUACUGCUAGCUGCAGGCAUCUCCGUUCAGUCAGGGAUGAAGCUUGUUGGGCACUCUGGACGAGAUGGCUGCGGUUUGCUGGAAACGAUUGCCGUUACCAACUGGCCCAGUAGCAGCAGCAAUUUUUCAGGCAUCAAUUGAGGAAGCAUAACGCUUGUGUUCAUGGAAAAGCGCUGAAGAACAUUGCACCACCAAUGUAGAGGGUUUCGAAUCCUCAAAAAGAAAAUUCUAGACUUUUGCAAACGAAGAAUAACAGUGUCUUUGAGACUUUAGAUG